UGGCCUCAGCUGCGACGGGACCGGGACGGGGACGGGGACGGGAACGGGACAGGGACAGUCCCGGUGUCCCGGCGAUGCCGUUCGGGGCGGUGCUGGAGCAGGUCGGGGGCCUGGGCCGGUUCCAGGUGCUGCAGACGGUGCUGCUGGUGGUGCCCAUCCUGCUCAUGGCGAGCCACAACCUGCUGCAGAACUUCACCGCCGCCAUCCCCCCCCACCGCUGCCGCCUCCCCGCGCCCCACGGGGACCCCCCCGGCGGCACCGCGGGGCCCUUCAACACCACCCUGAGGGCUCUGGGUGCCACCGCGGGGCCCCCCAAUGGCACCCUGGGGGGGGCCAACAGCACCCUGGAGGCCCCCGAGGCCACCCUGGGGUCCUGCCUGCGCUACGUGGCCUCGUCCCCCAGCAAUGGCAGCGCCGGGCCCCGGCCCACUGAGCCCUGUCUCGAUGGGUGGGAAUACGACCGCAGCACCUACGUGGCCACCAUCAUCACCGAGUGGGACCUGGUCUGCAGCUACCGGCAGCUCCGGCAGAUGGCCCAGUCCAUCUACAUGGCCGGGGUCCUGGUGGGCGCCCUGGUCCUGGGAGGCCUCUCGGACAGGUUCGGGCGCAAGGCCAUGCUGAUGUGGUCCUACCUGCAGCUGGGGGUGAUGGGGACCUGCACGGCCUUUGCCCCCAACUACGCGACCUACUGCGCCCUGCGCUUCGCUGGUGGCAUGGCCCUGUCUGGCUUUGGGCUCAGCAUCGCCUGCCUGGUGGUGGAGUGGAUCCCCACGUCCCACCGCGCCAUCACCGUGGCCAUCACCGGCUUCGCCUACACGCUGGGGCAGAUCCUGCUGGCCGGGUUGGCCUUCGCCGUGCCCCACUGGCGCCGCCUCCAGCUCACCGUGUCCCUGCCCUUCUUUGGCUUCCUCCUCUACUCCUGGUGGCUGGCAGAGUCCGCGCGGUGGUUGGUGCUCUCGGGCAAGGCCGAGGCAGCCGUGAAGGUCCUUCAGCGCGUGGCCAGGAUCAACGGGAGGAAGGAAGAAGGGGAGAAGAUCACGGUGGAGAUCCUGAGGUCCCACAUGAAGGAGGAGCUGGCCGGGCUCAAGGCCUCCUACACCAUCUCUGACCUGGUCCGGACCCCCGUCAUCCGCCACAUCUUCUUCUGCCUCUCCAUUGUCUGGUUCUCCAUCAGUUUCUCCUACUACGGGCUGGCCAUGGACCUGCAGAACUUUGGGGUCAGCAUUUACCUCAUCCAGGUGAUCUUCGGCGCCGUGGACUUCCCGGCCAAGGUGGUGGUGACCAUCUCGCUGAGCUACGUGGGCCGGCGCCUGUCCCUCGCGGUCGCGCUCUUCCUGGCGGGCUUGGCCAUCAUCGCCAACAUUUUCGUGCCCACAGAGCUGCAGACGCUGCGCACAGCGCUGGCAGUGCUGGGCAAGGGCUGCCUCUCGGCCUCCUUCAACUGCGUCUUCCUCUACACCACGGAGCUCUACCCCACCCCCAUCAGGCAGACGGGGCUGGGCUUCGGCAGCACCAUGGCGCGCGUCGGUGGCAUCGUGGCACCACUGGUGAAGAUGCUGGAUGAGUCCUACCCCCUCCUCCCCCCUGCGGUCUAUGGAGUGGCCCCGGUGGUGGCGGCCGCGGUGGCCGCGUUCCUUCCAGAGACACUCAACAUGCCCCUGCCCGACACCAUCCAGGAGGUGGAGAGCAGGGCCAAGCGGAAGCGUCCGGAUGACCCCAAGGAGAAGAUCCCGCUGGAGCCGCAGGAGAAGGCACCACAGAAGGAGCCCUGAAGGCCCAUGGGGGGUGGUGGGACACAGCGCCCUGCACCCCCGCCAUGGGCCCCUCAGCUUCGGCUGGGGAUGGGGCUGGAGGAGUCCUGGGAGCAAUAAAGCAGCUCUGGUGGGGACAA